AUGACCGACCACAAAGAGGCAAGAAGGGGGUUUGUCCAGGGCUGCCAGUGUCAAUCAAGCCGAGACUUGCCCGUGAUUGGUCCAGCGCGCGUCAGGGGGCGGGCUCAACGUGACGCAUCCAGGAAUUCCCAAAGUUCCCCAAGUUCACGGGAACAUUGCAGCGCUGCGGAUGGCGAUUUCAGCGAUAUUUGGGAAGAAAUAAAACCACUUGCAGCUGAAAUCAGUAUAUUCAAAGCACAGACGUGUCGCAUACGUGCAGGGAAGCAGACAGGCAGGAGGAUAAAGAAAAACUAG